CAAACAUGAGCAAAAUCUAAUACUUACUCCUCUCUCUCCCUCCCAUCAUCAUCAAGCCAACCAACCCUCUUCUUCUAAGCAAAGCAAACCCCAAACCCACUACCAACUUCCUCUUAAAACCCCCCCAUCAAACUCCCUUCAACCUCUCAGAGAGAAAGCGAUGGCCAAGCCUAGCAGAGCCCAGUAUUUUGAUGACGACGACGACGACGAUGCUGAGCGAGAGUGGAGGCCAUGGCUUAUCCCAGUUUUUGUUGUGGCUAAUGUUGCCGUGUUUAUUGCUGUGAUGUAUGUGAACAAUUGCCCUGCUCAUAGCAAUCCCUAUGGAUCUUGUGUUGUUGGAUUCCUUCGGCGGUUCUCGUUUCAGCCUCUGAGGGAGAAUCCUCUUGUUGGGCCCUCCUCUUCUGCGUUAGAGAAAUUGGGAGCUCUCGAAUGGGACAAAGUGGUCCAUCAACAUCAAGGAUGGAGACUUAUUGCUUGUAUUUGGUUGCAUGCCGGCAUUAUCCACCUUCUAGCAAAUAUGUUAAGCUUGGUAUUCAUUGGAAUUCGCCUUGAACAGCAAUUUGGGUUUGUCAGAAUUGGAAUAAUAUACCUCAUAUCAGGAUUUGGAGGAAGUGUUCUCUCUACGCUUUUCAUAAGAAAUAACAUAUCUGUUGGAGCUUCUGGCGCGCUGUUUGGACUUCUCGGAGCCAUGCUUUCAGAAUUAAUCACAAAUUGGACCAUCUAUUCAAACAAAGUUGCAGCAUUAUUGACUCUCAUUGUCAUCAUCACAAUCAACUUGGCAUUAGGAAUAUUGCCCCAUGUUGAUAAUUUUGCACACAUUGGAGGAUUCUUAACGGGUUUCUUCCUUGGUUUUAUAUUGUUGAUCCGCCCGCAGUUUGGUUGGAUGGAACGUAGCAAUCUCCCUCCUUCUAGCCGGGUGAAAUCCAAGUAUAAAGUUUAUCAACAUGCGUUAUGGGUGAUUGCCGUUCUUUUGCUCAUAGCUGGCUUUGCAUCAGGCUUGAUAAUGCUUUUCAGAGGAGUGAACGGGAACGAGAAAUGUCAUUGGUGUCACUAUCUGAGCUGUGUACCGACAUCUAAGUGGAACUGCAAGAAUUGAAUAGCAUCAGCCAUCGCUCCUUGGCAAUGGUUCUGUUUACAAGAACAGAAGAUAAAUUAUCAGCAUAUCUUUAUAGACUUGAAUUCAACAUGUAUAUAGAUGCGAAGCAGGUUGUUCGUUUGUUCGUUUUCUUUAUUUGGUUGAUUUCGGAGUGGUUUUGUUAUUAUCGCUGUGUAUUGUUAUGGUGAUUCUUUUAUAUGUAUUCGCAGAAAGUAUGUACAACUUUUGAAUUUUUUCUGUGUAAGACGAUCAUUAUUUGGUCUUAAAUCUAGCUUUUUCAUA